AUGUCGUACUGGGACAACAAAUCCAAGAUCGUCGUUCAGAAUGACGAGGGCCGUAACACUGCCGUCAAGAAUCGGUUUCCUCAUUCCAGCUCAGGUGCUUCACAGACGCUGCCCGCCAUUCUCGCUCGUCUGAGCACGGGCGAGAUCGAGUACGACUCGCUUGUGAUCACUGUACGCGGCGUUCAGCGUGAGGAUGUUCCGCUUCUGAUGUUUGGAACUCGCCAAGGCAGCAUCAGUGAACGAGACACUGACAACAGGGGUGCUGACGUAGCCUCUGCCGAUACUGCAAUGAGAUCGCCUUGA